AUGAAAAUAAAUGAAAAACAUUUAUACUUCAGUAAAUCAGGUUCUGCUAAUUUUUCAUCAAAAAAGAGUACUUUCUUGCCAAAUGAGGUAAAUAGUUUUAUCAAUGAAAAAGAGUUUCAUAAAUCCCUUAAAAAAGAGAACGAAAAUAAACCAAAGAAUAGCACAAAGAAAAAUUCAGAAAAAAAUAUAUUAGAUAAAAAAAUUAAAGAUAAAAUUAUGAACUCGAAAAAUAAAGAUAAAGAAAAAAUUGCAAAUGAAAAAAGUAAUAAAAAAGAAAAAAAUACAAAAUCAAAAAAAAAGGAAAGGGGAAUAAACAAUAUUUCUAACAAUAGCAAUACUAACAAAGAGAAUUCUAGUAUAAAAGCUUUAUCCCCAAAUGUUAUUGAAAGUAAUAGAAACAAUCAUGAUUAUAAUUUAACAAAAAAAAAAACAAACUUAAAUAAAACUACCAAUACAAAAAAGAAUGUAUUAAAUAAAUCUAAAACAGCAGAAAGCAAGCUAAAAGCAAAAAAUAGCUCUAAUGAUGAUAUCAAAAAAACUCAUGAUAAAAGUAAAACAAAAACAGAUAAAAGUAUUCAAAACAUAGUAAAUCAUACAGAAAUAGGCUAUAGAACGACCCAAUUAAAACUAUCAGAUUAUUCAGACAAUGAUAGCAAUGUGGAAAAUCUUUCUGUGGAGUAUGAAAUAGAUAAAGAAGAAAAAAUAAAAAAUAUAAAAGAUAAAAUCUUGCAAAAAUAUAAUAAUUUGCUUGAAACAUAUAGUAAUAAUGUAAAAUCAUUAAUUAAUAGCAAUGUUAAUGGUAGUAUAAAAGUAGAAUUUACUAGAGAAACCAUAUAUAAUUUCUUGAACACAACAUAUAAAUAUUCAGAUUAUAAUUAUUCUGUUACUUGUGCAAUACUUCUUUUGUUAGAUAGAGUAAAUCAUCCUGAAGUAGAAUUAACAGAAAAAGAAAAAGAAGGUUUAGAAAAUACUUUAAGAGCAUAUAGUUAUCAUUCCAUAAUUUCAUAUAAAUAUACUUUUAAGUUUUAUCAUAAAAAGGAUACAAUAAUAGAACAAGAUGGAAAUUAUAAUCUACAAUUAAAAAGAAACAUAUGUAAAAAUACUAGACUGAAAAUAAAAACUCAAUUUCUUUUAAACUGUGAAGUCAUAAUAAACCUUAUAAAUUGUAUUUUGUAUACAAUAAAUGAAGAACAAAAUAGGAUUUAUUAUAUUUAUUUAAAUGGGAAUCAAUAUAAAAUAAUAUCAGAUAUAACUGAAACUGGUGUGAAAUAUAAAUAUGAACAAUUAGCUCAAGAAGCAUAUAAAAAAGCUUUAGACUUAGGAAAAAAAUACAUGCAGCCGACUGAUGUGAACUACUUACAUUUAGCAAGUAGUUACAUCUAUUUUUUAUAUUUUAUUUUAGGAUAUGAACAAAAAGCUUUAAAAUUGUGUAUAGAAAUAUUUGACAAAUCAUCCUGCUUAUUAGAUAAAAUAGAUCACGAAAAUGCAGAUAAAUGUUUACAAUUAUUAAGUAAAAUGAGAUAUAAUAUAAAACGAUGGUCAAAGAAACUAAAUAAAAGUAGUAUUUUAUUUUUAACUUUUUAA